CUCAUAUUCAAAUCUCAUUUCCCCUCUUCUUCUUCAAAACCUAGAAAGAGAAAAAAAAAAUGACAGGAAUAGUAAUGGUUACAAAGGGCUGCGGUGGAAUCGGGAUGGGUAUUGGAAAAGGAAACCAAAACCAUGGUAGUAAUGAAGAAGAAGAACAAGGAAGAGAACAAAGUCAACAGCUUUCUCUAGUAGCUCUCCUUGUAUCUGCUCUUAGAAAAUCAAUGGUUUCUUGUCGUAUAGAUCGAAACGACCAAGUCAUCUCCACUGUUCAUCAAAUGGAAAUCGGUUGGCCUACAAACGUCCAGCAUAUAGCUCAUGUCACAUUCGACCGCUUCCAUGGUUUCUUAGGUCUUCCCGUUGAAUUCGAAGUUGAAGUCCCUUGCAAACCCCCAAGUGCAAGCAUCAGUGUGUUUGGAGUUUCAGCAGAAUCGAUGCAGUGUUGUUUUGAUUCAAGAGGAAAUAGUGUACCCACCAUUCUUUUACUAUUGCAAGAGAAGCUCUAUACACAGUUAGGAUUAAAGGCUGAAGGGAUUUUCAGAAUUAAUCCGGAGAAUAGUAAAGAAGAACAAGUUAGAAGUCAGCUAAACAGAGGUGUGGUUCCAGAUGAUAUUGAUGUUCAUUGUUUGGCUGGUUUAAUCAAGGCUUGGUUCCGGGAACUUCCUUCUGGUAUUCUCGAUGGUCUUUCGCCGGAGCAAGUCCUGCAAUGUAACAAUGAGGAUGAAUUUGUUGAUCUUGUGAAUCAGCUGAAACCCACUGAGUCUGCAUUGCUCAAUUGGGCUAUUGAUCUCAUGGCUGAUGUUGUUCAACAAGAGGAAUUCAACAAGAUGAAUGCCAGAAAUAUUGCCAUGGUUUUUGCUCCUAACAUGACUCAGAUGUCGGAUCCAUUAACAGCAUUGAUGCAUGCUGUUCAAGUGAUGAAUUUGCUGAAGACAUUGAUUCUUAGAACUCUAAGAGAGCGCGAAGACGAAGAUAGAGCUGCUAAAGUGGGUAACUUAUCCCCAAUGUCUAUUCAUUCGUAUGAUGAUCGUCAAAGUGAGGAGGAAAUGGAUACUAGCUGCGAAUUGAGAGGACCCAUAUCAGAAUUUGAAGAAGAUAAUCCUUAUUAUAGUCAAGAUGGAACUGGAGAGGAGAACGAGAAAGAUGAAAUGGAGUCACUGGCGGGAGAGAUUGAAGAAUGUUUCUCACAACAAUUUGACGAGGAUUCGCCCACAAGUGCUAUAAGUGAUGAAGAAGAUAGUUCGAUUAUUGUUCUUGAAGAAGAGGACUUGAAGAUCAGCACAUCCAAGAAAAUGGAAAGCAGAGAUCAUGAAGAUGGUGAGAUUGAAAUGGAGAGCAACUAUCAUACAACCUUUGGUUGAUUGAUUGUUUGAAAUCUAAUUAAAUUGCAAGUCUUUUGCAUAUGAUUGUUGAUCUAGUUAGGUUUAGUAUUAUUGAAAUCUGCUGGUUUCAGUUGUGUCCCAUUUUGGAAUUUGCUUUCUGUAAAUGGUUAAUCUUAUUGUUAUUAGAAUUGGGUUGUAGGAUAUGUGUUUGUUUUGUUGUAAACUUAGUUGUUCAUCUCAUUUAUAAGCUCAAGAAAGACAUUUUAUGC